GAUGAUGGCACCCCAAUGAUCCAGUGUAACAAGUGCGACGAAUGGUAUCACACACAGUGUCUCGGACUCAACUUCGAAGAUGCACAGGCCAUCGAAGAAUACGCGUGCUUCAGGUGUGGGGGAGAGCAGUCAGCCGGAGCUGCUGCGGUGGAGGGUAAGUCGAUUUUACCGUGUGGGCUGGCCUGGAGACCGCUCCGAAACUGUUUGGGGCAAGAACCUUGCUCAAGGGUGCGUUGCCAUGGCAAAUGCAUGUAUGCUACGUGUCUGGACGUUGAGAGACGUGAUACUUCUGGAUUGCGCUCAUCAGCGUCAUUCGAAAGUCACCAGUCCAGUCCUCGACCGAAUGUUCCGGGGAUCCAGGUGGCCGCUGCUUUUCGUCUGAUUACCGCGCUAACAAGGUAUCAUUAUGCAUAUUGACAGAACCGAUUAAUGGAGAGGAGCAACGGGCAGCAAGUCCAAUUCAACCGAAUGCAUUG